AUGAAGCAUGGAAUACUUCAAUUUUCUUCAUAUUUCUCCAUGCUGUUGCAUUUUUGGUCAUUUUCUCUAGUGUUUAGUGGUGGAGAAGAGAUAGUCGAACGACAUUUGCUUGUAGAUGGGUUCGCAGAUGAUAGCGAUACUGUUGUCAGGCUCAUUCCUCCCAAUGGUAGAGAAACUUUCGACACAUCAGAUACUAGGAUAUGGGUCGUAGACCACUCAACGAUACGUUCCGAAUAUGUUGCUGCAAUGUUGGUGGCUCCAUUUCUGGUGACGUCACUUUCCCUCGAUUCGAAGGACAGCGGGAAAAAUGUUCUAGGAAUUGGACUUGGUGGAGGAAGUUUCGACAUGGCGCUGCAUAAAAUGAAGCUUCAGGUGAAUAUCACAAUUGUGGAAUUGGAUCCUGUAGUGGUGGAUAUCGCUCAGUCGUGGUUUGGAGUGAUGGAAUCGAAAAACCACCACGUAAUUGUUGAUGAUGGUCUGAAGUUUGUAGAGAAGGCUUCUAAAUCAGGAGUCAAGUUCGACGUGAUCGUGUUGGAUGCCUGUGAUGAAGCCAUAAAAUCUCCGUGCCCACCAGCAACGUUCCGAAACAAGAAUGUUAUAGAAAUGAUGAAGGGUGUUCUAACACCUACAGGUGUUUUUUUCAAGGUGAACGUCAUACUUACGUGUGUUCCAUAUUCAAUCUCCAAUAUUCGGCAGCAGCUUAACUUCUACAAUAGCCGAUUGGCAACGAUCGCAGAGAAGUUCAAGUUUGCUAAACUGUUAGAGAGGGUUUCUCUUGUUUAA